AUGGUGGAAGGAGAACCAUCAAGCAGCCGGUAUAUUGCCACGCAUGCCAAAGUUGAAGACAGUGCUAACAGAUUAAAAAUUAAAAAUUCAACAACGUAUUGCAGAAUAGAAGGGAUAACAGAGCAGGGGGCUGUAGGGAAGCAUGUUGGUGAAGAUGUGGGAAAUCAAAACACUGCAUUUGAAGGUAUUGAUGAUAUAGAUGUAGGUAGCAUGGAGUUUGAAAGUACUGAAGAGGCAGAAUCAUUCUAUAUGAUGUACGCAAGAGCAAUCGAUUUUGGGGUGCGAAAAAGCUCUGAAAGUGUGAGUUUCAUGAGGUCUCAUAGAAAGGUUGGGAAGUCGGACCUACAGGAGGCAGUAGUUAUGCAACAAGCAGGCAUAAGAACAAGUCACAUUAUGAGACUACUAGCUGUACAGGCUAGAGGAUACCACAACUUGGGAUUCCAUGUAACUGUUAUGUACAAUGCGCUAAAUCGGCAGAGACAGCUAGCAGUUGGUCAUGGGGACAGCGAUUCGGCAAUUGCAUUCUUGUCAGUGUUCGACAGCACGUAUAAUACGAACCAGUACAAAUUUUCAUUGGUUGUGCUGUGUGGGGUUAACAAUUACUACUCCAUAUGUAUUUUUGUCUGUGCUUUGAUCGUUCGUGAAGGAGAUGAGAGAUACGAUUGGGUUAUAAGUACAUUCUUAGAAACAAUGCAUGGGAGGAAACCGCUAACAGUUGUGACUGAUGGGGACAAGUCAAUGCGAAAGUGCAUUAAAAAUUUAAUACUGACAGCUAAGCAUAGACUUUGCAGCUUCCAUUUGGAAAUGAAUACAGCCACAAAUGUAAGGGAGAAAGAGUUUCUGGAGGCAUUCAAGACCUGCAUGUUUAUGAAUUGUACAGUAGACAAGUUUGAAACGAUGUGGGCAGAGGUCGUGAGACGUUUUGGGAUUGAAGAUAACGAAUGGGUUAACAAGAUGUACCGGAAGAGGGAGAUGUGGGCUAUGGCUUUUCUCAGAGGCAACUUUUUUGGCGGAGUGCGGAGUACUCAACGGUGUGAGAAAAAACAUCAAGUUUUAAAAUUACAUCUCACCCCGAAAUUGAAGUUUUUUGAGUACCUUCAAACAUAUGACUUGGUCGUGGCCCGUUUGCAACAUGAGGAGAGGCGUCAAAGGGCUGUGACAGAGUACAGUACCCUUGUGCUAGCGACACAUUUACAUGCGGUGAAAAAACAUGUUGGUGAAGUAUUUACGAGGUCCACAUUUGUUGUGGUACGGAAGGAAAUGAAGAAGCAGAGGCUAUUUUGUAGGAUUAAUGACACAAAUGAUGGAAUCACCGUUGUCCACUUCAUGAAGCAUCUGUACAAUUACUCGUAUUAUACUGUGGCCUAUAACAAGUCCACGGGACAUAUGAAAUGCUCCUGCCUGAAAAUAGAAACACAUGGACUGCCCUGUUGUCAUAUGUUUCGUACAAUGCUAUUUGAGAAACUGAAAAGGAUCUCUCCAAACUGCAUCAUGAAGAGGUGGACUUGGCAGGCAAAGGAAGGGGUAAUAAGUAAUGAGGCGGCCCAAACAACCAGCACGCACUUUACAGAGAUGUCCAGAUAUUCUACACUAGUUUCGGCCGCUAAUGAUGUAUGUAGGCAUGCAUGCAAGACGGCCAACGGAUUCACAAAUGCAUUGGAACUGUUCCAGAACGAGUCAGUUCGAGCUAAAGAGCUGCAAUUGAAGCGGCACAGAGGUAAGGGUUGUGCAGCUGUCCAGGGGAGCAAUGAAACUGUGGGUGAAAGGAAUUGGGUUAAGGACCCCGAAAUGAUUGCAUCACGAGGCCUGCGUCGAGGGAAACCGAGGCAGGCAACAAUAUCAGGAAGAGAAAGUGGGCCAAACACGUCAUCAAAGCGCAGAGCCACAGACAACGAUGUUCAUCAUGCGAAUAGUAGUUGCACUGCUCAAUCACAACAAAGCAAUACGGGGACGACAUCCGAUGGCCGAAUCAGUGUGCCUAAAAAACAAGGGCAACAGGGACCAAUAGAGCCCGUUGUUAGGCGUCAGGACAUGGAUGUGGCAGGAGCAAGUGGCGUAGGGCAAAGGAAAAAAAAGGAAUGGGGUGGACCGGACAGUGUGGAUGGUUUUUUCGGAUACAUACUGAAUUCACCACGCCCUUCCUCGUAUCAGGUUGAUCAACCACCAGCUGUACUUGCUGAUACCUUUGUAGCAGCAUCAACCGACAUUGCUGAUUGA